AUGAUCGUUCUUUUUCUUCAAAUCAUUACAUGUUCUCUCUUCACGACCACUGCCUCAUCACCUCACGGCUUCACCAUUGACUUGAUCCAGCGUCGUUCGAAUUCAUCUUCUUCUCGACUGUCCAAAAAUCAGUUGCAAGGAGCAUCACCUUACGCCGAUACUUUAUUUGACUACAACAUCUAUCUAAUGAAACUACAAGUCGGUACUCCUCCUUUCGAGAUCGAAGCGGAGAUAGACACAGGAAGUGACCUCAUAUGGACACAAUGUAUGCCUUGUACUAACUGCUACAGCCAAUACGCUCCUAUAUUCGACCCUUCGAAUUCUUCAACCUUCAAAGAAAAAAGAUGCAACGGGAACUCUUGUCAUUACAAGAUUAUCUACGCGGACACAACCUAUUCCAAGGGAACCUUGGCAACCGAGACGGUCACGAUCCAUUCCACUUCAGGGGAACCCUUUGUGAUGCCUGAAACCACUAUUGGUUGUGGCCACAACAGCUCAUGGUUUAAACCUACUUUUUCGGGCAUGGUUGGUCUAAGCUGGGGACCUUCAUCGCUCAUCACUCAGAUGGGCGGUGAGUACCCAGGUUUGAUGUCUUACUGUUUUGCUAGUCAAGGAACUAGUAAGAUCAAUUUUGGAACAAAUGCUAUUGUUGCAGGAGAUGGGGUUGUAUCAACCACUAUGUUUCUCACGACGGCGAAACCAGGUUUAUAUUACCUAAAUCUAGACGCGGUCAGCGUUGGGGACACCCAUGUUGAGACAAUGGGGACAACGUUUCAUGCGUUAGAAGGGAACAUAAUUAUAGACUCUGGAACCACUCUAACCUACUUUCCUGUGAGCUACUGCAACCUAGUAAGAGAGGCAGUGGAUCAUUAUGUGACAGCGGUUCGAACAGCCGACCCUACCGGCAAUGACAUGCUUUGCUACUACACGGACACCAUAGAUAUCUUUCCCGUGAUCACAAUGCAUUUUUCUGGCGGUGCGGAUCUUGUCUUGGAUAAGUAUAACAUGUAUAUCGAAACGAUUACGAGAGGAACCUUUUGUCUGGCUAUUAUAUGUAAUAAUCCACCACAAGAUGCUAUCUUUGGGAACAGAGCACAGAACAAUUUUUUGGUGGGUUAUGAUUCUUCUUCACUUUUGGUUUCUUUCAGUCCCACCAAUUGUUCUGCAUUGUGGAAUUGA